CCUUCUUUGUCACUGAAUGAAUGGUUACUUUGAAUCCCGGUUGCGUGAUAGUUUCAGCAUCCACGCAGGCGUAGUGAUUACUGGUUACCUAGCUAUGUAUGUAUUGCUAACCGACUGACUAUUAGAUUGGUAUGGGAAAGCGCAGACACGGAGGUACACAAGGUGCUUAUUGCGAAUAAGUCAAAUUCUUCGGCCUAAAAUGAGACAUUAAAUAGAAGGGAUAAACGGUAAAACGCCGAAUGAUUAAAUACUGUGUUCCGUAACCGCCAUACAUUUCUAUCUGGCAUUGGUAGUAAGUAAGCGCUCCUCGGGUUGCGGUGGCCGCAAAUUUCUCAGGCCGCAAAUUUGUUUUUUGUUGCUGGGGAGGAGACCGUUCGUUCACCUCGCUGCUGUUAUGUGCUGCUUGGGCUUUGCUCGAGCAAUUGCAUAAAAACGUCCUUAUGUUGAAUCCAUUAUUCUGUCGGAUCUAAAGGGUGGAUUGAGGACACAUCGCGGCUUUAAAGGAUGGAUGUGGAAUUGUGUGCUGGCGGGCACAGCACCCGAAGAAAGAUGGAUUCAGCUGGCGAAGGGACAGUGGAGGUUGUACCUUUGGAAUUGUACGACUCUGCCAGAGCAAAAAUAGACGCCAACCUACGGUGGCUGUUCGCCAAAGCCUAUGGCAUUGACCACAUCCCAGAGGACCUGCGGGACCCAUUCUACACAGACCAGUAUGAGCAAGAGCACAUCAAGCCCCCCGUCCUCCACCUGCUGCUGUCCUGUGAGCUCUACUGCCGUGUGUGUGCCCUCAUCCUAAAGACGGACCAGGCCGCCUCGCUGCAGUCACACCUGUCAGUUAUCCAGGCCCUGAGCCGUAAAGGGAUCUAUGUCAUGGAGAGUGAUGACACGCCAGUCACAGAGGCCGACCUCGCCUGUGUGCCCAUCAAAAUGAGUGCCCACAUGCCGAUGGUUGAUGCCCUGAUGAUGGCCUACACGGUGGAGAUGAUCAGCAUAGAGAAGGUGGUGGCCUGCGUUAAACGCUUCUCCACCUUCAGCGCCUCCAAGGAGCUGCCCUUUGACCUGGAGGACGCCAUGGUAUUCUGGAUCAACAAGGUGAACCUGAAGAUGAGGGAGAUCACAGAGAGAGAGCUUAAAGUCAAGCAUCACCCGCUGGAGUCUCCCAAUCACCAGAAGUCUCCCUCCAAAUGGUAUUGGAAACUAGUACCUGUACGGUACCGCAGGGAGCACACGUCAGGGCGCCAGUUGCCCUUCUUCCCCCUACUGGAGGACCUGAUGAGGGAUGUGUGUGAUGGAGCCGCGCUCCUCACCGUGGUCCACUACUACUGCCCCAACCUCAUGAAGCUUGACGAUAUAUGCCUGAAGGAGGUGACCUCCAUAGCUGACAGUCUGUAUAACAUCCAGCUGCUCAAGGAGUUUGCCAACGAGUAUCUCAACAAGAGCUUUUACCUAACAAUAGAAGAUAUGCUCUACUCUCCACUGGUGCUCAAGCACAAUGUGAUGGUGUUCAUUGCGGAGUUCUUCUGGUGGUUUGAGACAGUCAAGCCAGAGUUUGUCCAACCCAGGACUGAGGAGUUCAAAGAUGCCCGAGCCAUGGCUCAGCCGAAGAGUGCCCGCCCCUCAGUGCCCAUCUCCAACGCCACCAAGCGUAGCUUCCAGGUGACCCCUGGCAUCACCGAGGCCUCUCUGUCUGUCUCUGCCCAGAGCAGCCCUGAUGUCUCCAACAGGUACUUCCUGCACCCUGCUGAAGACUCUGACCCUCUUACUAAAGGAGGUCCUGCUGCAGCCUUCAGCACCUCCCACCCACUCCUCCCUCUGAGGCAGAGACAACAGAAGCAGCAACAGGGAGAGGAUGGAUCAGGAAUUAGAAACCGCUCCAACUCCUUGGAGAACAGACAGCCACGAGGUUCAGUGCAGGCCUGGCCUGACAAGAGACAGAGGCCAAUGUCAACGCUCAACCCGUACACGUUUGGUAUCUCUGCCACUGACAGCGACGCUGAUAUAGCCUCUGGGGACAGUGUGAGUCUGGCCCGCUCCAUCAGUAAAGACAGCCUGGCCUCUAACGUAGCCAACCUCACCCCCAAACACCAGGGUCUCACCCCCCAGGGCCACACCCUGAUCGGACCCGCCCAGGUAGGCCGCGCCCCAGUCAGCCCUGCACCCCGCCGAGUCAACGGCCACGGCCUGCUGGGAAACGUCAACAUGGAGGAGGAGGAGGAGCAGCUUGUGUCGGUGAUGAGGACUGAAGCGUCAACAGCUCUCCCCAGUCAGGGCGAGGCGACGCAGCCAACUGCUGGGGCCAGGCCCAAGGAUAGCUUUUACUUAGAACCACUGAUGCCUGCUGUGUUGAAAUCGGCAAAAGAGAAGUCUGUAUGCCUGAAUAAGGAGGAGGAGAGUGGAGAGGUGGGGCGAUCGUGGGGAGCGGGGUCCAUCCGGAGAGUAGAGGGGGUGCCUGGACUCGCGGCGUCGGCCAGGAGAAAAAUCCCCACCAGCCUAAAUCGGACCUCUACUCCCACUUCUAGUGGUGAGUUUGCCGUGUCUGCUGAAGCUUCAUUGGCUGGGCCACCCCAGGGACAAGGAGCCUGUAAAAUCCUGGUCACCAGUAGUGUGGACCCCUCCUCCAGAGAGCCACCUGGGGGCUUCUACCUCCACUCUGACAGUGACAACCAGAAUCCUGGUCAGGACCUGGAGCCAGACCUGGACGAGGCUGAUGAGGAGGACCUGGAUGAAGCUCUCACCACCAAGGACCCAACCAGGCCUAGGAAGGCCUUCGAUGAGGAGGAAGAGUCAGCCAAGCUGCAGGAGGACCUGAAGGAGAAAGAGGACAAGGAUAAAGGGGAUGAUGGUGGUAGUGGACGCUCCAGCCCCUGUCUCAGCACCCACUCCCAGGCCAGCAGCCUGGCCAGCGGCAGCAUACGCAUGACCAGCUUCGCUGAACGCAAGGCCCAGCAGCGCUUUGGCAGCAACCAUGACUUGCGACCCAGCGCAUCCAGCUCCCAAAGGACCACCCCAGACGGCUCCGAGUGCAGCGGGCCCCUCUCUCUGCCCACCUCCUGGAGGCUGAAGAGGGACCAGAGCCCCUCCUCGCCCCAGGGGGGGCGGGGGGACGGUGGCACCAACUUGUUGGCUUCUGAGCUGGUCCAGCUUCACAUGCAGCUGGAGGAGAAGAGGAAGGCCAUCGAGCACCAGAAGAAGAAGAUGGAGGUACUGUCAGCCAGACAUAGACAGAAGCUGGGCAAGGCUGCCUUUCUGCACAUCGUCAAGAAGGGCAAGAGCGACACCCUGCCCCACCCACUCAAACCAGACUACAACUCCAAAGAGGAACUCAACGGGGACAAAGGGAGGAGCUCGAAAGAUGACUCGUGCCUGGAUGCACUGAGAGGGGCCAAAGAGACAGAGUCUGCCACCUCGCCAGUCCCAGAUGCCUUAGAGAUGGUGGAAAGGAAGUGCAGCGGUAGCACCGGUCUGCUGCUGGACGAAGAACUGGACCUGAACGAAUGUAACCGCUCCAUUGAGAUGCUGAAUGAUGCCAUCGGCAGCAUCCAGCAGCAGAUGAUGCAGCUGUCCCUCCAGCAGGACCUGCUGAUGAAACAGAAUGUACAGUCCCCUCCCGGCCUCCCUCCUCCCAACGACAAGACCAGCGGCUCUGAACCAAAAGCCCAAUCUGCCGCCCACUUUGUGGAGAUGGGCAGCGGCGCACCAACCACCGGUACCGCACCAACCAGGAAACCCCCCAAACUGACCUCGGCCAGAGGCCCAAGGUCGAAGCCGUCUGAGCUGAAGCUGGUCAAGGAGCACGGGAGGCAGGGCCUUACCUCCAGCAGGGCAAUCACUCCCACCCACAGCCUGGAGACCCUACCCCACUUGAGGCAGUUCCCCGGGGGCAGGUCCCCCAGGGCAGACCCCCCUGACACCAGAACCCCCUCUGUUGGUGGAGAGACAAUUGGUGUGCAGGACAAGCCUGGAUGGAGCGCCACCUUUAGGCUCAACGAUGAGGCUAACCUGCGCACAAUGGCCCGUAUCGACCCGGUAAAUGUCACCCCAGAAGUGUCCUUUGAGUGCCUGUCCAGUACCUUGAGGGAGGGGGAGCUGAAUUCCUCGGACAGUUCUGGGAAGGAGAACGUCCCCUUGGAGGAGGUGUCGUGGAGCAAAGCUCCCCUGAUAGAGGUGGACCUGUCAGACCUGAAGGACCCAGAGGAGAUGGAGGGAGACUGUGGUCAAAACAGCACCAUGGAUGGGGAAGACGGAGAACAGAAGUCUGGCCUGGGAUUCUUCUUCAAGGAUGAACAGAAGGCUGAGGAUGAGCUGGCUAAGAAGAGGGCAGCGUUUCUCGUAAGGCAGCAGAAGAAGGCCGAGGAUGCCCGGUUACGCAAACUACAGCUGGAGGCAGAGACUGAACAGAAGCGGGAAGAGUCCAGGCGGAAGGCGGAGGAGGACCGGAUGAGGAAGGAGGAGGAGAAGGCCCGUAGGGAGCUGAUCAAGGAGCAGUACCUGAGGAGGAAGCAGCAGGAGCUGAUGGAGGAGCAGGGCCUUGGCAGCCCAGCCAAGCCCAAGACCCCCAAGACCAAGCCUAAGAAACCCAGUCACCAGACUCACAGACCCAAGUCUGCGUUCAGCAGAGAGGAGUCAUCCAGCGACACCUUCUCUUCCAAGUGCUCUUCAUCUACACCUGACAACCUGAGCAGUGCCCAGUCAGGCUCCAGUUUGUCCCUGGCCUCCGCAGCCACCACUGAGGCAGACAGCGUUAACUCUGGAGGAGCAGGAUCCCAACGUGGUGAGUCUGAGUCUUUCCCAGGCCUGAGUCGAAACGCCAGUCGAAACACUGAGAGAGACUGGGACAACGGCUCCACUGCAUCUUCAAUCAACUCCAUGGCAGAAUACACUGGUCCCAAGCUGUUCAAGGAGCCCAGUUCCAAGUCCAAUAAGCCCAUCAUCUUCAACGCUAUCUCUCACUGCUGCCUGGCUGGCAAGGUCAAUGAACCCCAGAAGAACACCCUCCUAGAGGAGCUGGAGAAGGUUGAGGCCCACCACCUGAUGAUCCUGUUCAGGGACGGGGGCUGCCAGUUCCGGGGAGUCUACUCCUUCUUCCCAGACACGGAGGAGAUCCUCAAGCUGACUGGCACGGGCCCAAAGAGCAUCAGCAAGAAGAUGAUUGACAAGCUCUACAAGUACAGCUCGGACCGCAAGCAGUUCACAGUCAUCCCCGCCAAGACUGUGUCGGUCAGCAUAGACGCCAUCACCAUCCACAACCACCUGUGGCAGGCCAAGAGAACCACUGUGCCAAAGAAGAGCGGGAAAUAAUCUGUGGAGGCCCUUGGAACUCUGGGGUUCCAUUCCACUCCAUGGUUGUCCUAGGUUCCAUUCCACCCUGCUCUCCUGGAUAAACUGCAUUGAUGUCCACUGCCAAUAAACUCCCUCUAUCAAGCUGAAGGAGAGGCCACAUGUAUGGGCAGACACGUGGCCCCUUCAGUUCACACUAAUGUGGGGGCAUGGAUGGAUGAAUGCAUCUGUGCUGGUGGCCUGCGAGUGGGAUUGUCAUCUGCAUGAACCAAUAUGGAGGGUCCUCUUUGUCUGGAUCUCAAUGUAUUCUGUUCAGGGUGUCCAUUGAUCAAUUCAUUCGGUUCAUUUUUCUAAAGACUCUUAAGAGAAGCAUGUGGCAUUUUUUCAUGUGGUGGGUUUCUUUUUACUUGAAGUAUUUAUUGGUUUGGCACUGAAUGGUUGAGCUCAGCUGCAGUAGUCCAUACAACACUACCCCCCCCAUCGCUCUUAUUGGACUGGUUAUGACCCUACGAACACCCCUCUCGCUCUUGUUGGAAGGGGUGGGUUGUUCAUAAUCUCUCUACUGCAAAAUCUGACCUGAAAGGACCUUAUGUCCCUUCAGGACUUAAAAGGACCGUUCUGCUGCAAAAAAACAAUCUGCAGUCGAACAAACUGGACCUUAUCUACCAGACAAGCAUCGCCAACCUUGCCUCUCCAGUUAUCUUUCUGUCCAAUGUGCUGCUUUGAUCUCCUGUUUGUUACCUGGGCUCCUCCCAGACCAUCUGCUGGCCUUCUUCAUGCGUCAUAGUGGUACUGUCAACUGUCUAUUUAUUCAAACUUCAACCGAUUUUUAAAUGGUUAUCAGCCUGUUGUAGCACUGUCUAUCUGGUGUGUAGGAUUAUGACGGUCGUUUUACUACUCGCCUUUUAACCCUCUAAAACGAGGGUGUGAAGACGAUGAAUAAUAAAUAGGCUUUGGUACUGUAGAAAAAUGUCAAGAUGCUUAUUUUUUGUUUGUUUUUGUGUUAUUUUGUUUUAUAUUGAGCAGUGUGGUUGGUUAUACAGCAAUUGAGCUUAUGUUAUGUGUGUUUCAUCAUCCAUGAAUCUGUCUGACAUACGUCAGCUAGUUAGAGCUAGUCGUGUUUCUCUUCACUGGGCACUACUAUGUCCUGUAUAAAGGUGCACUCCACUCACGAUCACGUUUCAAAGGCUUUUAUCAUGCAAUGUACCCCCCCCCCCCCCUCCCUUCUAUGCCACGAGUGAUCGACUACCCACCAGGGGUGGGGUCCAUUCCAUUUCAAUUCAGGGAGUAAACUGUCAUUUCAAGUCCAUUGGAAUUAAAAUGUUGGCUUCGUUCCUAAAUUAACUGAAUUGACCCCAACCCUGCUACCCGCCCAGCUUCCUCCCCUCCCCUUCUGCAGCCCUUUCCCCAGAGAGCUGCAUGCUCUUGUUCUGAAGAGUGCGUGCGUCCUGCUGGAACCGGUUUGAAUGACAUUAUUUAAUAUAUUCAUAAUGGGUUACUCUGUGGGACUGUGGUCUAUUUUAUUUACCUACCAACCAACAUUAAAGAACAUUCCUGAAAGGUGUCAACAAACACUGCCACCAUUUUCCAUUUUUCUCUGUCCAAGUGCUUAUUAUUAGAUACCAUAUGUUGGCCUCAAGAACAACUAUAAGUGUUGCACGUGCACUUUACUUACUGAGUACAAAAAGUGGAAUUCGACUUUAAACGGACAUUUGAAACGUAUUGCAAACAAACAGAACAUGGUUAAGUUUUUUUUUUUAAACAACUCCUGUACACUCCCAACAGAGAAACACUACCCUUCCUGAACUAAAACAAAGCACUAAGAUUUAACACUGAGCAGUCGAUUUAAGAAGUCCUCGUUUCUUCACUACUACGGCUUGUCUCCAAAAAUACGUAGAAUACUUGAUUAUAAUUUGCUGCAUUUGGUUUAUUUUUUUAAUAGAUCUUUUCAAUGUUUGUGUUUUUUAUGUUUACUAAAAGAUUGUAUAGGCAUUGAUGACCAUUUGUUGUUACUGUAUGCAAUUUCCAUGCCUGUUCAUUUUACUAUUUCUUUCAGAUCAUACCAUCUAUUUAUUUUAAACGAACGCACUGAAACGGAAUAAAAAUUUCAAGUUAAUAAAA